AUGUCUGGCCAAGGAAACCAAGUAAAUUCCACCGCAUCCGGGGGGCCUCAGGGGAAUCAGGAGGAGCCCCAACCCUUUGUAAUCCCAAGUAACCCUCAAGCCCUGGCAGAGUUUUUCACGGCUUUUCAGGAUUUCUAUAGGCACAGGUCGUCAGGACAAGUGGCAGCAACACCGGCAGCACCAGUGGCAGGGGCACCACUGGCACCAGUGCCAGCACCACCGGCACCAGCGGUGGCGGUAUCUGUACCAGAGGUACCAAGAGCAUUCACACAGGACUUCAUUCCGGAAACACAACCCAACGAGGUGCAACUUCCCGGCACUUCUGCAGCUACUGUGGCAGCGCUGAGAGCAGCCAAGGAGUCAACACCGCGGCCUAAAAGGAAUACCCGAGCACAGUCGGCCGCCCCAGGCAAGGCAAAAGGGGGCCAGAGGGGUGGAAAAAAGGGUAAGGCUUGCGUUCAUUGUCCUGGGGCUACUAACCUGCAAAAGGAUCCAGGUGUUCCGAGUCUCUUUCAGAACCCGCCACCGCAGGCGGCACCAGUCGAGGUUGCCUCAAGUUCCUCUUCCGAUGAGGAAGCCCAGGGGCCGCGAGCUGCACAGGCAAUCACCGUACCGGAUCAAGCCAUGCCAGAGGGCCAGCCAGGGAAGAGGAAGGAGAAGAGAAAACACACCUCAAAGAAGAGUAAGAAGAGCAGGCAUUCGGACUCAGAGCAUGAUUCAGAUGGACCGCUUCCGCUCGUUAGCACCGGAUGCAGAGCUGCUGCCUCAGCCGUUCCCGGAACAUCUGUGGAGUCUCGGGGACCAGAGGCGUGGGGACCAGAGUCCUGGGAGCCAGAAGUGAUUCAGGGAGUAAUGGCCUCAUUGGCACCUUCCACUUUGAGAUCGUAUAAGAAGGCGUGGUCGGAUUUUUUAAAAUUCCGCAACAAAACCCCCGCCAUUAGAAACAAUGCCCCUCCCGUCAAGCCUGAGGUGCUAUCUUACCUAGUUUACCUGAGACGCUUGGGCCGCGCCCCUAGAACCCUCAACCUUCAAGCCGCAGCUAUUUCAUUCUUUUGCAAGGCGGUAUUUUCCACAGAUCCUUGUGACGAUUUCGUUAUACGAAGGACGUUAGAGGGUUGGCGCAGGCUACAGCCCCCAAACUGCGAUAUGAGAAGGCCAAUAUCUUUCGACAUCCUUUCCCAAAUCCAUAAAAAAUUGCGAACAGUAUGCUGGUCAAAGUAUGAGGCGCGCUUAUUUUCAGCGGCUUACUCCAUUGCCUUUUUUGGAGCUCUGCGCGUGGGUGAGGUAGUUUAUGAAGUGGGUCGGCACGGUUUCUCCCGGGGCUUGCUUUUAAGCGAUGUUACCCUGUCACGGGAGGACCUGGUAAUACGGAUACGCAGCUCUAAAACAGACCAGUACGGGAGGGGGGCUCUUGUUCAGCUUAUGGCCACCGAUAGUCCUGGCCCAUGUCCAGUUAAAGACACAAGGCGCUUCUUAUCCCUGAGGGCCAACUCGGCAGGGCCUCUAUUGAUCCACGCAGAUGGUUUACCUUUGACGCGUCACCAGUUCACUCGGGUUAUGCGCUUAGCACUGGCAGCAUGCGGCAUCCCCGCAGCAGAUUUUGCAUCACACUCUUUCAGGAUAGGAGCAGCCACCACGGCAAUGCACCUGGGUCUGACGACUGAAAGGAUUAGGGACUUAGGUCGCUGGAAAUCUGACGCGUACAAGCGCUAUUUGAGAAAGAAUUUGUGACGGUGACUGACCAUGGCCUGUUCUUUCGAUUUCCUACAGGUGAUAUGGGGGUGCGCGUCUGGAUUGUCGGGCACAGUAUUGUGCAUUGGG